GAAUUUAUCUUCUCAAAGCUCACUGAACUCAACUUGGGAUUCACCGUAAACGAAGUCAUCCGAGUAUUCAUUAUGUUUUCCACACUCGUCGCUGCUGCCCUCGUGGCUCUUGUCGCUGCUGACGGCAUCCCAGACUUCGUUGUGCCUGGAAAAUGCGCUAAAGUGGCCAACCAGGAUAAAUUCGAUCUUCGCAAGUACUCUGGCCGCUGGUAUGAGACCCAAACCAUCGACAACGCCUACCAGCCAUUCACUCGCUGCAUCCACUCCAACUACGACUACUCUGACUCUGACUAUGGCUUUAAGGUGACCACAGCUGGAUUCAGCCCCAACAACGAGUACCUGAGACUGGAGGGCAAGAUCUACCCUACAAAGGACUUCCCAGCUGCUCACAUGCUCGUUGAUUUCCCAACAGUUUUCGCCGCUCCCUAUGAAGUAAUCGAGACCGACUACGAGACGUACUCGUGCGUGUAUUCCUGCAUUGAGUGGAACGGCUACAAGUCCGAGUUCGGCUUCGUCUUCUCCCGCACCCCACAGACGUCCGGGCCAGCGAACGACAAGUGCGCCUCUGUCUUCCGCAAGAAUGGAGUCGACUUCGCCUUAUUCAAUGACGUUGCUCAUACGGCUGAAUGUGUCUACAGAGCAUAAACACACGAUUCGCCAUAAACAUUCUAAUUGUAUCUGCAACAGAUACCAUAUUCUAUAUUAAACUGAUAAAUAUUUGCCAGAUGUUGGAUAAUGCGUGCGUGAAUACAUCCCAAAUAAAACUAUGUAUAUAUACAGUAGAAA